CGCUGGCGGCCGUUCUGCUCACUUUACCGAACAAUCCACCAAGCCGUGGAAUAUCCUGGAAACUGACGGCUGUAGGUCUGCAAACAGUGAAACCAAUGGCUUUGGUGCUGUAGAGUCACAUGGUGGCAGAGUGACACACCUGUGUGGAGCCGUGUGGGCCUCCCAGUUGCGCCAGAGACAGGUAUAGAGCAGUAGGUCCACGCCGAGGAAGGGCGCAUGCAGGUACGGUACAUGUGCGGGUCCUCGGAAGCCAUGAAUCGGGAAGAUCAUUAUUAUCCUUCUCAGGUUUUUAAAGACUCCUGUGCCUACCAGAGAUCACAGGGGGACGACUACAGCCACAGCCCGCCGCCCUGCCUCUACAUGAGCAGGCAGGUCCACGCCGUCUACACACCGUCGUCCAUGGGAGCCUUGGAGCAGGCUAGCCUGGCUGACAUUGCCCCCUCUUACAGUCUAUCCAUGCGGGAGGAUCCAGGUGUGCCUCAGCUCCACCAUCCCCAGGGGCUCCAGCAGCAGCCUCUCCCGCCUGCUGCAGGCUAUGGAGACACGGGGGAACAGGGCAUAUAUCACCUCCCUUUCCCCUGGAUGAAAACCACAAAAUCUCACUCGCACACCUGGAAGGGACAGUGGUCAGGACCAUACGUGAUGGCGGAAUCCGAGGAAAACAAACGCACGAGGACAGCGUACACUCGCGCCCAGCUGCUGGAGCUGGAGAAGGAGUUCCUGUUCAACCGCUACAUCUCGAGGCCGCGCCGCGUGGAGCUGGCGCUGACCCUGGGCCUCACCGAGCGCCACAUCAAGAUCUGGUUCCAGAACCGGCGCAUGAAGUGGAAGAAGGAGGAAGACCGAAGGAAGGUGAGGGGGUCCGAACCGGACCAGGACUCAUCUAUCACCUCUGGAGACCAGGGGGAGGCCGCGGGAGGGGUCACCUCAACGAACGGACCUCACACCACUUCACCCCCCGUUUCCCCGCUGCGCUCCCUCUCCGUGCCUGUGACCGGGGAGCCCGCAUAGACCCGCAGCAGGUUCAGACUCUUGGUGAUCUUUUUUUGGAAAAACAACGUGAAAGAGACGUAACAUCCACAUUUAAGGAAACCCUAUUUGAGUGGAAUCAUAUAAGAAUAAUUAUAGGACAAGAAAGGAGAAACUAGUCUCUCUUAUAGUUAUUUACAUCAAGUGCUCAUUUUCCAGGGACCCCCUUAAACCUUCACGGACCACCGGCGCCUUCUUAUUGGAUACCACUGUCUCUCUGGGCUGAAGGGACAUAUCUUCAUCCCACUUCAUCGUGCAUGCGUUGAGUUUUCUUUGGGCUCCAGAUGGCAUGCUGAGACAACCUUGCCAUGUAAGGACCAACUACUUGUCCCCCGUUCAAAGAAGCGACAUGGAUUCAGUUGCGCAAACUGAAGCAUGGCCUGAUCAUAUCAGUGCUUGCAUUGUUUUUCACCUCAGACAUGUGAGGAGUACAAUCGUGUUUAUGGAUGUCUAUAUGUCUAUAGGACCGUAUUUGCUAUAUUACCAAUGUCCAUUUGUACAUAGUAUAUGUCGUGUAAAUUGUAAUCAAAUGUAAACUUAUUUUAUUGUUUACUAAAUGAACUGUACAAUAUGACGCAUGAAUAACACAUGUUUGGAAUAAAGCAGAUAUCAUAGCCUAUA